AUGGAUCCAAACCAAAAUAACUCACCCACCCCAAACACCCAAAAUACUCCAAAUGAUCCGUUAGCAAACAUUGACUAUAUGCAAUUGUUAUCAUCCCCCGUUCAACAACAACCUUUAUUUACCAAUCUUUCAUACCACCCACAAUACUACCAAAACCAACCACAACCACAAUUUGUUCAAACCCAAUUUCAACCCUUUCAACAACAACCUCCUCCGCGUUUUCAGCCCCAAACUUUCCAACAGCCACAACCAAGUUCACAGCCAUCUCAAAUUCCAUUAUCGCAAUCUCAACCCGUAAACCUUGACGAUGAAGACGACGACGAACGGGUUCAAGAAACACAACCAAGUCGUAGAAGGCAAAAAAAAUCCAAAGAUUCAACAAAGAAGAAAAACACCCAAUGGACCGAGGAGGAGGAGGCGACUUUAGCUAAAGCUUGGAUUGCCAUAUCACAAGACGGGGAUGUCGCCAACGCGCAAUCGGGACAUAGCUUUUGGAAUCGUAUUUUAGACCACUUCCACGCGUUAUUGGGAAGGCAAACGAGCCGGACAUAUGAUUCAGUCAAUGCUAAAUGGCGCGAUCUUAGAGCAACGUGUACCAAAUUUAAUGGCGUAUUUGACAAUUUAAAAAAUAUGCAUCGAAGUGGUAGCAAUGAUUUCAACAUUUUGUCAACGGCGUUGCACCAAUACAAAAUUACCAACAAUGGUAAACCUUUUGGCAACCAAAAAGCGUGGGAAGUUUGUCGCAAUGGCCCAAAAUAG